AUGGAACCUAAGCGGAAGAGCGCCUCCCUGGCCAAACAUGACUUGCCACAAUUCUAUCUUUUGAUUAUGUUGUACUUGGCCCAAGGUAUACCUGUAGGCUUAGCCUUUGGUACGGUGCCGUUUUUGCUAAAAUCGUUGGCAAAGGAGACCUCAUUCGCAUCAUUGGGCAUUUUCUCUAUGGCCACGUACCCAUAUUCGUUGAAGAUUCUAUGGUCGCCUAUAGUCGACUCAGUGUAUAAUAAGCGCGUCGGUAGAAGAAGAUCAUGGAUCAUCCCGGUGCAGUUUGUCAGCGGAUUGGCGCUAUGGGUUUUAGGGUGGUGUAUAUCACAGGGAAUAAUCUUCGAUGGGGUGGACGAUGCCUUCCAUAACCGCGGGAACGGCACUCUACACAGCGUCAAUAUAAAGAAUUUGACGUGGUGGUUUGGGCUCUUGGUUUUCCUAUGUGCCACUCAGGACAUUGCGGUUGACGGUUGGGCCUUGACUAUUCUGUCUAAUGACUCUCUAUCGUAUGCGUCUACUGCACAAACCAUAGGUUUGAACGUCGGCUAUUUCAUGUCAUUCACCGUUUUCCUGUCGUUGAAUUCGUCUGAUUUUGCCAACAAAUAUCUUAGGAAAACCCCUUUGGAUCAUGGGCUUAUCAGUCUUGGUGGAUACAUGAAAUUCUCUGGGAUACUUUUCAUUGUGAUAACCAUAUACACCAUAUUCUGUACCGAGGAGAAACCCCACAUGGAGUAUCUGCCCAAAGCGGAGACGGUAAAACCAGGCAAUAGUGAACCGAAAGUGGUAUUCAUCGAGUAUGAUGAUGGCAAUGUGGUGUCGGCUCAAAAUUCAAGUAGCAUGAAGUACAUUUACCGCUGCUUCAUAAAAGUGUUGAAAUUGAAGUCCGUGAGAAGCCUAGCCUUCAUCCACAUGAUUUCCAAAUUCGCCUUCCAGUGCAAUGAGGCAGCUACAAACCUGAAACUACUAGAAAAAGGCUUCAAAAGAGAAGACCUGGCUGUCACGGUACUGAUAGACCUGCCGUUCGAAAUUAUAUUCGGAUACUACGUUGUCAAAUGGAGCUCCGACAGGGACCCCAUUAUUCGCGGCAAUGCAAGCACUAACAAGACCGUCAAGUUCCUCGUCGGGGAUGCUGGCGUCCUGACACCCUGGUUGUGGGGGUUUCUGGGCCGUCUGGCCGCGGCGGUCCUGGGCAGUUACGUGGUGAAGCAAUUCCCCAAGGGCGGCGAGAUCUCCACUGGGUACUUCUGUCUCGUGAUAUUUCAGCACCUCUUAGGCUCAUUCAUGAAUACCGUACAGUUCAUCGGCAUCUCGGCCUUCCACACAAGAGUCGCGGACCCCGUCCUGGGCGGCACAUACAUGACGUUGUUGAACACUCUGAGUAACUUCGGCGGGACGUGGCCACGGUUGAUCAUCCUGUCUCUGAUCAACUACUUCACCGUGUACCAGUGCGCCCUCCCGGACACAAAUAAAGUGUUCGUAACGCACGGCGGCAACAUGCAAGCGUGCACUGAGCUCUUGAGUGGCACCUUGACCGUACUGCGCGACGGCUACUACGUCACCAACCUCAUAUGUAUUGUGGUUGGGCUUUUCCUGUACUUCGGAUACUUGAAAAGGAAAAUCCUCCAUCUGCAAAGUCUGCCGAUCAGCUCCUGGAGAUGUACAUAA